UCAUUGUCUGAAUCACCGAGAAAUUAAUAGAGAUUUCUACUUCUGGUUUUGGUUGUGGAAAGAUUUAUUGAAAUUCUCAGAAAAAUGGCCGACAAAGAGCAUGGAGAUGAUUUAGUUCCGGAUGAGACACCCGGUUACCAGCCUCCAGAACAGAAGACCCUGACCGAAAUCUUGUCGGCUGAUGCGGAGGAUGAAAGUCUGAGGAAAUAUAAGGAAACUCUGCUUGGCACCAGUGAACCUGUAAAUGUUGAAAUUUUCCCUAGUGAUCCAAGGAGAGUCAUAGUGACAAAACUUGCCUUGUUAGUUGAGGGCAGGCCAGAUAUUGAGGUGGAUUUAACAGGAAACUUAGAAGAUUUGAAAAACCAGACCUAUGUGCUGCAAGAGGGCUGUACCUACAAAGUUAAAAUCUACUUCUACGUCCAGAGGGAGAUAGUUCAGGGCCUAAGAUAUGUUCAGCAAACCUACCGGGCUGCCAUUCCAGUCGAUAAAAACACGUUCAUGGUCGGUAGUUAUGGGCCAAAGAAGGAGUUGCAGUCCUUCACGACCCCGGCCGAAGAGGCCCCGUCCGGAUUAGUGGCUAGAGGGACGUACAAGAUCAAAUCCCUCUUCACUGACGACGACAAAUUCGAGCACCUCAAAUGGGAAUGGAAACUGGACAUUAAGAAGGACUGGAAAUAAUCGACGGUGAUUAAGCAGAAAUUAGGAAUGGUGGGGAGUCCAGCAGGGAUGUGCCCCAGCCUGAGAUUUAAGAAUUGAAAGAUAAUUUUUCAUGUAUGAAUGUAUGAAUAAAUAUAUAUAUGCAAUGGCUAUUUGCUUUAAAAUACAAUUUCUUGGUUUGCUGGCACUGUUGUCUGUCAGAUGGAAAUCUACCAAUUGUUUAUUAUUUCUGACAUUUUUGUUUUAUGCAUAUUAGUGUAUAAUUAAUAUAUAUAUAUAUAUGUAUGUGUAUAUAUAUAAAUGCUAAAUAAAAUGUGUCAGCAUUGAAAUCUAUUUACCUAUAUAUAUCUUCAUAAUUAUAUAUAAUAUGUAUUAUAUAUAUAUAUAUCCUAUUUUAUUUAGAUUAUUAUUUCAGCAAUGAAUAACAAAUAUUAAUAAAUUUCAUCAACAACAACAAAGAUGUUUCUUCUGCAUCGGAGACACGCAUGUUUGUGUGUGCGUGUGCGCGCGUGCGUUCACAGAGGAGUGAAUGAUUGAUUGUAUGAGUAAAUGAAUGAAAGAAAGUUAUUUUUUCUAAUUAAUGGAUGACUUAUAACAAAAAAAAAACGAAUAAAAUGUUUUUGGCAUCGCUGUUGUUAAUUAAAACUUGAAAUAAAUAUAAUCUAUUACUAUGGAAGUAUGCAGUAAAAUAUGUAUUAAUCUGGUAAUUAAGAACUGGUAGCUUAGUAGAUAAGUAGGUUAAAGCAUUGUAACUUUGUAUUAAUGUACUAAUUAAAUACAAAUUUUGUAAAUUAUUUUACUUGUUAAUUAUAUCGUUGUAGUAACUUAGUAUUUUAUAUUUUAAUGAAGCGUUAGUAUAGUGGCUAGAAGAGUCUAAUAGUCGAGUAUAAAUCUAAUACCUAAGUGUUUAUACAAUUACUGUUGUGGGUACAAAAUUGGAUGUUAGUUAAAUAUCGAGACAGUACAUAUGCAUUUUAUUAUCGUCAUGAUUAUUAUUGUUAUUAUUAUUUUGUUGUUAUCAUUAUUUUUCUUGUUAUCAUUUUUGUUGCUGUUGUUGUUAUUAUAUUUAUUAUUUUUUUUUAUUAUUGCAGAGAACACUUCUAAAAAGUU